UCCGUGCAAAUCCCUCCCACAUGUAAUUAGUUGUGUUUCUUCCACCGCGGUAGUCAGAUGAGGGAACAGAAACUACGAAUACGAAUAAUUAAUACGAACUCCAUGGGACUAUAGGAUAGUAGCAUAGUAGCUUUGAAACUACUUUGAGACUGACAGAAUGAGUUUCUCUCUUUUAAAAAGCUGGCUCCUUACAGUCGUCUCUACAGUGGUGCUUGCGUCCUUACCUCCUCCAGCAAAUGUAACUCUAAAUUCAGUAAACCUGGGAGCGAUACUUCAGUGGGACUAUGAAGAUUCCCUACCAAAUGUCACCUACACUGCCAGAGUGACAGGUUACGUGACUGAGGAAAUUGUGUGUAAUGGGAUUACAGAGAAAAUCUGUGAUUUCACAAACAAGUUGACACCUUUUGGGAUGUACAAGUUCCAAGUGCGAGCAGAGCAAGGGGAGAUGAUCUCCAACUGGACGGAGACUGAAGAAUUUUCUCUGGAUCGCAAAACUUCUAUCGGACCUCCCUCACAUGUGGGCUUAAGCUCUCGAGAAGGCAUUUUGGAGGUGUCCAUACAGGACCCUGUGAUGAAGAUGGAAGACAGGUCAUUGAAUUAUGUAUACAACAUAGUUUCCUUCUUCAUUAAGUAUUGGAAGCAUGGCGAAGAGCACAAGGCUGUGACCAAAAAAUAUGACCAGAAAACCGUUGUUCUGUCAGAACUGGAACCUCAGGCACAAUACUGUGUUCAGGUUGAGGUCUAUCUUGAUGUGUACGACAAGAGAGGGGAGCCCAGUCAGCCAGUGUGCAUAAAAAACACCAGCAAUGGGAAGACUCCGCAGUGGCUAAUAGCAGUGUUGCUGAUUGGCAGUUUUGCUGUGAGUGCUGGGCUAGUGGUCCUCUUCUUCACUGUUGGGGUGAAUAUCUACAGAAUGAUGCACUUUGCCUUUCCUUCUUGCAAACUCCCAGAGCACUUCAAACAGUAUUUGACAGAUCCGCCACAAUCCUAUGUGUUUCUGGCUAUGCUGAACAGCACGGAACCGGAGGAACUGUGCAGUGGAAUCACCAUUGUCUCAGAGGGAACAAUGCCAUUUGAGAUGGGAGAGAAGGAUCACAGGAACAAGGAGGACUCUGGGUAGGAGACAAACAUUGUGGAAAAUGAGGAAGGAGAUAAAAAAGACUCCGUAAAGAAACUGAUCUUUCAACUAUGAAUACCGGGAUCCACCCUGUGGCUGGAUUUGUCAUUAAGUGGAAUACAGCUCAAAGUGAUUUGAAUUUUGAUAAAACUUGGAUAUUUAUUUUGUAAUUCUGGCAUCAAUGAAGCAGUUGUGUCUUUCUGAGUGGCAUUAUUCAGUACAGCUUUUGACCACAUCAUUUUUUGGGUAUCUUUUUACAUUGAUUUGACAGGAUUACAUAUACAUAUAUGUACCCAAGGAUGUUUUGCAGUUUUAUUACCUGCCUGCAUGACACUGUAGAGUUUGGCAUUUUUAGUUGAUGUGAGCUUCCACCCAGCAUUUUAUACAUUCUAGCAAGAAAGUUUUUCUGCCUUGGAUUCAGCACUACUGACAGCAGUAUUUAGAUCCGAUCCUAACACUUACAUGUUAGAGGUUGGAACAAGGAAAAAUCUCUUACUACAACAGCAGUAUCUUUAAAAAAAAGUUUCAAGUGAGUUCAUUUGGAUGUUAAUUUCUUGAAAUAUCCCUAGUAAUUGUUUAAUUAAAAUUUAAGACUAAAGAUUUUGAAUGAUUUUUGGACUAAGCCUUUACACAACUUUGUUUUUUAUUUAUAUUUCUCUGGAAUAUACCAAUUGUUUUUAUUGCAUAGUUUAUAUAAAAUACAAUGAUUGAAGUUGUUAACAAGAGACAAUUAUUCAGAAUACUGUAAAAAAGUCAUUUUUGUUUUAUAUACUAUUGUACAUUUAAUGAAUAAAGUUUAACUACAUAUGAAAUGUACUUCUUUAAUUUCAGAUUUUGCCAAACAAUUUGCUAUCAAUUAAAAUAAGGAGCCUGUUGAAAACCAAAGUUGAAACACAAAAUUUCCUGCAACCCCACUUUUUAUUUUAGAUAUCACUGAACAUGACAAUAUUUUCUCACAAUCUGAGCAACAUAACUGAUUGUUUGCAGUGACAGUUUAUCACAGUACUGGAACAUUUUUUGAGUUUUUUGGAACACAUUUAGAGAGAGUCACUUCACACAGCAUCACCUUACAUGGAGGAAAAGUCUUCCUUGUAAUAACAUUUUUCAUUGCAGAAUUAUUAUGGGUACUGAAAAUGGUACCUAGUUCGAAAAACUAAAACUCAGAGAACUUAAUUUUGUUAUUAAUAGACUGUCAGUGGGUUCCUUUCUGCUCUGAGUGACAACUGAAAAUAGUUAUAGUAUCUCAAAACACUUAUGGGUCAAACACGGAAGGACAGUGGCAUUUGUUAGAGGUAAUUGAACUCAUCUGAGUGCCAGUGGCUUCAACGUGUAGUGGUCUGUCUCAUUGGAACAGCAACCCACUGACAUUUCAGCCCCUUUCAGGAAAACCAAAAUGCAAAUACAACAAACUCAUUGUUUUACUUUAGCUUCCUGUUUUCAGCAGAAAGGUGUAAAGAAAGAUGUAAAGAAAGCAGCUGUUGGUUCUCAGAGUGUGUGUGGGGGGGAGGUGACAAGAUUUGAUUUUCGAUAUAGAUGAUUCUGGUUGGGUUUUAGAGGGGAGCUUUAAGAUGUAAAUUUCCAGAAAGCUUUAUCUCUGCGUGCAAGGGAGUAUUUUUACACCUUAUCCCUGUUAAUGAAAAUUGUGGCUUUUUAGUAUAUAUUUUUUUCUGUCCAUGAGUCCUAAACAUCCCCCAUAUCAAAACAAAUUUUACCAACAUAGUGCUUUGUUAAGGACUCGACAUAAAGCUCUCACCCUCUGACUGGCAACAUGCAGAGGUAGCAUUACUGUGUGUACAAAAUCCAGGAGGUAAGAGUAGCUGGUGGUAGAAGUGAAGCUUUCACAAGUCAGUUCUUUUUCCCCUUCAUAAAUAUCCCUAAAUCUUUUGUUUGUGUAACAGAGCUCAUAUGUUACGUAGCUGUGGGUGAGUUGCAGGCUCUGAUUCCCCUGGCAAACUACUAGUAAUAAACCUGGUAUCUGAAGAAUAGUCUCCUUUGAGCAGGAAGAAGAAACCAGAAAUGAUCAGUGGACGCCCCCCAUCAACUAUGUGGAUGGCACUUUGUAAUUUGUUGAAAUUUAACAUGGCCCUGUGCCUGGGGGUUGCUCUUCUAAAGUCUCCUGUAAGCUGUAAUUUCUAACAAAUUGUCUAGGAUCUCUCUCAACCCUUCAGUGCCCACCUUUUUUACUCUGUUAACAUCACCGUCUAUCUCUUAAAGCCUUUAAUUUUAUAUAUAGCAUACAUACAUCCAUUUAUUUUUAAUCCGCUUCUUCCAAUUCAGGGUUAUGGGGAUAAAGGAUUGUAUCUCUGUAAGUGCCUAGCAUACAAUUGGCCAUAAUUAUUUAACAGGAUACAAAUACAUAUGUCUGAAUAUACUGUUAAAUAAUUCAUCUCUAUAUCACCUACAAAAAAAUGGUUUAGAUGGUGUUACAAGGUACAGUAGGUUAACCACGCAGGGGAACACUCUAUCUUUGCUCUAAGCACUUGUUCCUGAAUUCUAGAACGGGUGACCUCACCUUCAGUACACUUAUUGUUUUAGAAUUCACUCAUCCUAUUGAUAUAGAACCAUGUGUUCUAAAAAAACUUCCUAUAGAGCUCCUCCGUCCAUGACAGUAGCUGUUUAAAUAACAUACAGUACUUGAGAUUUUUUCCAUGCAAUACCUAGCAUCCUGAUACCUUCUUUAUAAAGGUAACCUUUAACUCCUGAUAAGAGUUGUGUCUGGAUACCUUUCAUCCCCUUCCAGGCAAAUUAUUUCACCUAUCCAUCCAUUUUCAGUUUUGUUCUUAGUGAACUGAAGUGAGCAGUACUUGGCACAAGAUCGGAUUACACCAAAGAUUAGAUUCCAGUCCAUCACAUGUCCCAUCACGUCAUACACUCACAAAUAGAGGAGACAGAAGCUUAUUGUUUAAAUAAAAAACGCAUAUUUUAAACUUUGUGUUUCUUGUGAUAUUUGGAGCAGUAAUCAGGGAUGUCAGCUGUAAAAAAAAUAAUUCCUUUUGUAUAUUUGAAAUUGAAAGUGAAGGGCACACUGCACUCCUUGCGAACCUGCUGUGCAGAAAGGAAGAAGCAAGGAAUACAGUGAAACAGAUUCAGCUUUGCUGUGAUAAAUAAUAUCAGGAUGUUAGAUUAGAUUUUUUAGAGCAGCUUAAGUGUAUAUUAAAAAAUGCUGUCUUAAAAGUGAACUCCUAUACUGUGAUUUAGACCCAUGUGUUUAUUCACCUGUUGCUGAGUUUUGGUGACUGGUCGAAGUCACUUGUAUGACACUUAAAGAGGCUUUGGAGACAAAAUGUUUUAUGAUAAAACAUCAUUGUUGAUUUCAGAGAAUGUAAAAAGUCCUUCUUGAAAGUACUCUGGUCACAUGCCCCUUAUCCAUCACCGAUUUAUAAUGUCAAAAUUUGUGAAACUGCUAAUUGUUCUGUUAUGUAAAGUAAAAUGUUUAAGCAUAGACCUUAAAUCAAUUGACAGAUUUUACUUAAACAAACGAUUAAUAAAAAUAAAC